UUUACUCCGUCCCGUUUUAAGGUUUUCCACCAUGCAGUCAUAUCCUGCUUUCGCUGCUGACCCACAGAUAACGUAGUUAGGUUUCUGUGCGCCGAUUCCGGUUCGGAGGCGGAACUUGUAUCGGUAACAGGGGGGGUUUCUUAACUGGAAAGUACCUAAAACAUUACAGGCCUUUUAAUAACCCCAUGCAGGAGAACAGAUCUGGUUUGCAGCUCUGAAUCCGGCGGAACAGGUUCGAGUUUUUAGUCACCAUUGCUGUAGACUGACUUACAUCCGGGUCACCUAGGCUGACAGAACGUUGGGGCAGGCGAGGCUGUUUUCUCAGAUCUUAUCUUUACAACUCGGUUCGUCUGCGUGUGUUGGAGCGGCCACACUGACGUGAGGAAGUAUCGCCUAUUAAGCCAAACAUCUUUGUUUGAAAGGACAUACUUUCAUUUCAUAAUUACAUUUAAUCUUCUGUCAUGGAUACCUAAACUCCAACCUGAGGGAUGUUCAGCAGGGAGAAAGGCUUUAUUUGGCACAUCCAGGGAGUCAGUUAACAAUGCGUAGUAUUCACUUUAACGUAGGUAUUUCCAUUAAUACAUCAUGCCUCAUGUAAAAAGAUCUUCUCUGUAUGGCUUUGUUUUGUUUAUUAGUGAUCCUGGAUGAAUGCAGACAGGUCGUAUUGAUAGUCAGACUUAAUUUACGUUAAUUCACAUUCUUUGUAGUGGAUCUGUUAUGUUUUUCUAGCAGUUUCACAUGUCAGGAUCUCAGUUGCAUUUGCGUUCAUCUGGACCCUUGGUUGUGUGUCGUUCCAUCAGGUGCGAGUAUGUGAACAUCUAGGUUACUGGCUGAUUAGUUUGAUCUCUUGUUAUUUUUGGCCACAAGUGAUGAUCUUUGAUCGUCUUUGUUGUUGUCAUCUUGAAUUCAACUGUCUCAGUAAAGCCUUUCUCCCUGAAGGACAUCCCUCUUUCCUUGCUUACAAUGGAAAUUCUGCAAAACAGUCCUUUUCUAAGAGGUCUGUGCCGAAACAGUGCACCAGCAGACCUACAGUAUGAUAAUACAAGUGAACUUUAUCGCAUCUCUACCUUCGCAAAGUUUCCCUCCACCACGCCUGUGACAGAACGAAGCCUUGCCCGUGCUGGGUUUUAUUACACUGGUGUAGGUGAUCGUGUUCAGUGUUUCCGCUGCAAUGUGACUGCUGAGAACUGGCAGUCAGGGGAAUGCCCAGCAGAAAGGCACAAACAGCUGUCUCCCAACUGUACCUUCAUCCAGAGCUUACCUUCCACAGCCAACCUCUUGUCAUCCUCCCAUUCUGCCUUUUCUCCUCUCCGCAAUGUGGCUGUCCUACAGAUCAGUGCUCCUGCCUCUACUGCAACCAGUACUUCAUCUGCAGCUGCUUCAACAUCAGGCCAGACAGAUGAGCAGGCUGGUUACCUCAACAUGGGUUUUAACAACCUUGCCCCCUCCAGUCCUCUCUCAUCUCGUGGAGUUGAGGAUAUGUCUCAUCAGCGACCUCCUGCUUGCCACAAUCCAAGCAUGCGUCGGGAGCAAGAACGUCUGGACACCUUCCAGAACUGGACCGUCGCAACAGUCACCCCUGCUGAACUUGCAAAGGCUGGUUUCUACUAUCUUGGCCAGGGAGACAGAGUGGCUUGCUUCAGUUGUGGAGGGCAGCUCAGCAAUUGGGAGCCUGGAGAUAGGGCAGUAUCUGAGCACCAGAGACACUAUCCUAACUGCCGCUUUGUGAGAGGUGACCGUGCAGAUAAUGUGUCCAUUGCCACGGGUAGUGGACUGGCUAAUGUUUCCAACCCAGCGAUGCAACAGUGUGAUGAGAGGUUGCUUACAUUUGUUAACUGGCCUGCAAGAAUACCAGUUCGACCAGAUCAGCUGGCCAAGGCUGGCUUUUACUAUGUUGGUCGUAAUGAUGACGUGAAGUGCUUUUGCUGUGAUGGAGGACUUAGAUGUUGGGAAUCGGGUGACGAUCCAUGGGUGGAACAUGCCAAAUGGUUUCCAAGGUGUGAGUAUCUUUUGCAAGAGAAAGGACAAGAGUUUGUUCAUCAGAUUCAAGCAAGAUUUCCAAGAUUGUUUGAACAGCUAUUAACUAAUGGAGACAACAACUCAAGGGAAUUUGUUGAUCCACCUGUUGUACAUCUGGGUCCAGGAGAAGAGCGUUCAGAAGAUGCUGUAAUGAUGAACACACCUGUGGUGAAGUCGGCUUUAGAAAUGGGCUUUGAGCGGAGUUUAGUGAAACAGACUGUCCAGAGCAAAAUUCUCACCAGUGGAGAAAACUAUAAAACUGUACAGGAACUGGUGUCUGACCUGCUAAGUGCUGAGGAUGAAAAAAGAGAGGAGGAGCGAGAGCUUUUUGCAGAAGAAAUGGCUUCAGAUGGAUUUACUUUUCUGAAAAAGCAUCAUACUGCCUUGACUCAGCGGUUGAAAAGUGUUCAGAGUCUAAUGGAUCAUCUCCUUGAAGAGAGUGUUAUUUCACAGAAGGAGUAUGACACCAUACGCAACUGCACUUCAGUCAAGCAGCAAACAGGCCAACUCAUCGAUUUGGUGUUGUCAAAAGGAAAUGCCGCUGCAGAGGUCUUCCGCAACUGGAUUAAAAAGAAUGAUGUGUACCUCCUAAGAGAGCUAAUGGCCCAGACAAAUGAAGCUGCAUCACCGAGUCAAGAUCUUUCAGACCUUCCUAUGGAGGAACAGCUGAGGAGACUUCAGGAGGAACGCACAUGUAAAGUCUGCAUGGAUAAGGAGGUCAACAUUGUCUUCAUUCCCUGUGGGCACCUGGUGGUGUGUAAAGAAUGUGCUCCGUCACUACGCAAGUGUCCCAUAUGUAGAGGCUUGGUAAAAGGCACUGUCCGCACCUUUCUGUCUUAAAUGGUAAAUACUACAUACAUGGUGGUUUCUUAAGACAUUUUUAGAAUGUCGUGUACUUUUUUUCCCCUUCAUUGUGGCAUGCAGAUUUGUUCCGAAGUAACACAAAGGUGAUCACUAGGAUGAUUUAACGUAACCGUUGAGAUGUUUUGGGAUAGCGGGGGGGGGGGGGGCGGCACAACUCUCAAGCUUAGUACUCGACCCGUACUGGAAAUGAAUAAAGUAUUAAAAUGCAUAUAAAAUGGUGUUCGCUUGUAAAAUCAAAAUUUCAUUAUAAAAUCAAAAAGAAACAUUGCUAGUACAGGAGUGUUUUAGAAAAGGCAAAUAAAAGUUUUAUUAAUGAUUAAAUUUUGGUCCCUUGAACUCAUUUUGGUUACUUUUCAGUUGAAAUUGAAACAAGUGACACAUUACCAUUGAUUUCUACAGUACUAAAAUAUCUAAUACCCAUAAUAAGACUUUAAAAAUCUGACAAUUCAUUUAGGUUAAUUAAAAUAGCUGAAAGAGAAAGUGUAUGCCAGUGUAUUUAAAGUGUUUUUCAAAUAUUUGUGCAAACAGGACCGUAGUCUAGUGAGUCAAAUCAAUGUAUUUCAGAUAUCCAAAUCUUGAAGGUUUCCCCAGCUUGGACCCACUUUAACUUUUGCCUUGAGCUUUACAUGUAGUUUCAUAGCAGAUUCCAUUUCCCACUUCACAAUUUGUGCAACCUGCCAAAAAGAGAGAUUGUGAAGGCAGAUCAGGGUGCUAAAAAAGUUCAACAUCCAAAAGGAAUUUCUACUUUACCUGGAUUAUAUCCUCCUCUGCAACCUCAUAGAUGAGUUCAUCAUGUAGCUGUAGUAUGAAGAAGGCUCCUCUUAAAGGCUUGGAUCGAGGCCUAUACCGUCCCUUCUCUGCUGAGAAACUCACCAUUAAUAAUCAAUAAUAAGAUCACCUUAGCCUCGAAGAAUGGAAUCUGGCUUACCUGUCUCACUUUGGUUAUGGUGAUGUGAAGGUGGCACUUCAGGAAAAGUUGCCUCCAGUCUGCGCUGGAUAUUGACAGUGGCCAAUUUUACAAUGUCAGCAGCAGACCCCUGGACUGUUGUAUUCACAGCUUGCCUCUCUGCCUGAAGCGUGGGAGAGCUCUACUUAUUAAAAAUGUUUGAUUGGCUCAACAAUAUUUCCAUGUAUUCUGGAAACAUAUAACAUGAACCUUACAUGAGACUUUAUGUACACAUUUGAGUCUUUGAUCCCAGGUAGAUAUCUCUUCCUGCCAAGUAAUGUCUUGACAAAACCGUUUUUGCUGCAGUUCUUUACAGUCUGACGAAGAAAUGCCUGUAUACCUUUGAGCAAAAUAAAGUACCUUGUGAUGAGGCCUAA